AUGAGCACACAAGAAGAAGAACUCACGCUGUACUCAGUAUCAGCAUCCAUUUACAAGGACAUCAUGGAAACCAUCACACACGAACUCUUUGUGGAUGCCAUAAUGAGAGAACAAAUCACAAGAGCUAAAUAUGGAAGACUCGAGACAGGAAACACACCAACACCAGUGGAAACACCCACAGCUUUAAACAACUUGAAUGGGAAUGGACUGCUGAGUGCUAGUACAAGUCAGAAUAACACAGGGAAUAACAGUAGGAACCCUUCACCAAAUCCAGAAUUACUCACGAGAAUGGCUUAUUAUAGUGUGAUGGGACGAGAUAUCUUUGGGAACGAGAAACAAAGUGAUAGUAGCAGAUAUUUCACUUGUGAUAAUUGUAGCAGAAAAAUUGCCGGGAAUAGGUUUGCUGCUCAUAUAGAUCGUUGUCUUGGAGGUCGUUCAAGGAAGUGA